UUGUAGUUCUUUUCAUCCGCGGUGGAUGCCGGAGGAGCUUCAAAUCACUGUUUAGCUAGGAGCAGUGGAAAGUUGUUGUGUAACAAGAGAAACAACAGGCCACCCAACCAGGAUUACGCGUUCCCUUAAAAGCACACGGAGGGUCUCUCCUCGUAUAUUUACGUUACAUAUUUGUCUGUAUUGUUAUUGUAUUUCAGCCAAAAUGUUUUCCCUGUCGUCGUUUCAGCCACAGCAGAUGAUUGUGCCCCUCGGCCAGCUCCUCAGCACCCUCCACUCCCUGAAGAACACAGCCACGGCGUCAGUGCAGACCCUGCACAAAGACUUCUGCCCCGAGCACACUGCACUUACAAAAGAGCCCAACACGAACCUUGGAGAUCUGGGUGUGUCGGACAUUCGGGGCAGUCACCUGGACGAGCUGCUGGACAGGCUGCUGCCGGCGCAGGGCUCGGAGGGGCAUCCUGCCUUCCCCACAGUGUGGAAGACCAGUCACGUUUCCGCACACAGCUUCUUUCACAACAAGCACGGGUUCGCACACAAAAGACUUUUCGGCUCGCCAAUAUUCCACAGGCAUAACCACAGGCCUCUACAAGACUUUUGCGCCGAGCUUCACUUUUUACCCUUGUGGCUCCAGAGUCGAGGUUUCAAGAUUGUCAGAGCGAAGAGUAGACAGACGACGUCUGCUGACGAUGUUCCGGCUGAGCUGGAUCCCUACACGCCAGCUUUCAUGAAGGGUUUUCUGAUGCGGGAAAAGGGAGCAGAGGCUCAGUCGUUGGACCAACUAACGAAAAGCAAGAACCUUCCGGCGAACCAAGAGGAGGCCUUCAAGUCGGGCUUCUCCGAGGGCUUCAUGCGAUCGCAGGCCUUCACGCAGAAGACUCAAGAUUCGUUGAAGAGAACCAGGCUGGUCCUGUUAGUGCUUCUCCUGCUCGGUAUUUACGGUCUGUCCAGAGCCCCCUUCCUCUCGGUGAGGUUCCGCACCACAUCGGGCCUGGACUCGGCCCUCGACCCCAUCCAGAUGAAGAACGUGACGUUUGAGCACGUCAAGGGAGUGGAGGAAGCCAAGAACGAGCUGCAGGAAGUGGUGGAAUUCCUCAGGAGCCCUCAAAAGUUCACCGUUUUGGGUGGGAAGCUGCCCAAAGGGAUCCUCCUGGUCGGGCCACCCGGCACCGGGAAGACGCUGCUAGCCCGAGCGGUCGCCGGCGAGGCGGACGUGCCUUUUUACUACGCCUCGGGGUCGGAGUUUGACGAGAUGUUUGUGGGAGUUGGCGCCAGCCGCAUCAGGAACCUGUUCAAGGAGGCCAAAGAAAACGCGCCUUGCGUCAUCUUCAUCGACGAGCUGGACAGCGUCGGUGGGAAGAGGAUCGAGUCUCCCAUGCAUCCGUACUCACGACAAACCAUCAACCAGCUGCUGGCCGAAAUGGACGGGUUUAAGCCAAACGAGGGCGUCAUUGUCAUUGGUGCUACCAAUUUUGCUGAGGCGCUGGAUAACGCUCUGGUGCGGCCGGGCAGGUUCGACAUGCAGGUGCCGGUCCCUCGACCCGACGUGAAGGGACGCACCGAGAUCCUCAACUGGUACCUUGCCAAGAUCAAAGUGGACUCUGCGGUGGAGCCUGAGAUUAUCGCCCGGGGCACGGUGGGCUUCUCGGGGGCCGAUCUGGAAAACCUGGUCAACCAGGCAGCCUUGAAGGCGGCGGUGGACGGAAAGGAGGUGGUCACCAUGAAGGACCUGGAGUUCGCCAAGGACAAGAUCCUCAUGGGCCCCGAGAGAAGGAGCGUGGAGAUCGACAAGAAGAACAAGACCAUCACAGCGUAUCACGAGUCGGGACACGCCAUCGUGGCUUACUACACCAAGGACGCCAUGCCCAUCAACAAGGCCACCAUCGUGCCGCGAGGACCCACGCUCGGACACGUGUCCCUGCUCCCGGAGAUGGACCGCUGGAGCGAGACCAGGGCGCAGCUCCUGGCCCAGAUAGACGUCAGCAUGGGCGGGCGAGUGGCGGAGGAGCUCAUCUUCGGAGACGACUACGUCACCACAGGUUGCGCUCCCAGUACAACCCGCCUGGCCGACCGACCAAUUAGAGACACCCCGGUGGGGUCUCAUUUGAAUCCUCCAUUUCAGCUUGGCGUCAUGACCUACGGCGACGUUUCCAAACAAAGUCCGGAGACGCAAGCCGCCAUCGAACAGGAAGUCAGGUUGCUGUUGAAGGACUCGUACGAGCGAGCCAAGAGCCUCCUGAAGAUGUACAAAAAGGAGCACGAGAAGCUGGCUGACGCCCUCCUCAGGUAUGAGACUCUGGACGCCAAAGAGAUCCAAAUGAUUCUGGAGGGAAAACCGCUGGACCACUAAGAUGCUUCCAUACAUAACAACCCAGAUCGCUGGGAUUCAUUGACAACUCUGGGCUGCUGUUUCUAGUCUUUUUGAAAUGUCAUUCCAUGAAAUGUUGAGGUCGUAGUGGACGACAACGGAACCUAAUUUCAAGGACAACGAACUAUAAAAUACACACAUCUUGAUAAGCGGUGCUUCUGUUUAUUUACCACGGAAGCUUGGGGUAGCUCAACAAGAAGGCAUAAUUUUGUAUAGACUGGUGCUUUUGCGGCAUCUUACUUUAUAAGAACUACUUUUAUUUAUUAAAAUGCCCUGUUUUCCCCAGAUUAGUGAUCAAGUGUUGCUCAAAUAAAGGUCACGCUUAUUCAAA